ACCAAUCAGACAACGUUCUCUCUCCCCAAUAAUUUAUCCUUUCACAGACAUCAAUCAAGAACCACUGCGAUUCCCCCCUUUUCUACUCUCCUAAAUCCAAACACUCCAACACCUGUCUCCUAAACAAAAAAAGAAACCAAAAUGCUUCUUCCUGUCUCCGAACACACUGGCCCCUUCUAAAUCCUCUCUCUCUCUCAAUGGAUUUCGCCCUCCUCCCUUCAGACACAGGCGGCGGCGCAGAUGCUGAUGCCGACAACCACAAAUAUUGCUACGGAUCCGGAUUUCUCAAGCAAGAUAGAGCAAUAAAUGCUGAAGAUUUAAGGGGGUUUAAGAUGCCCAAAACUUCAUCUUGCGGCGAGGGUUCGCUUCGGAUAUCCAACACCUGUAAUCUCUCCUCCCCAGAAAUGCUCAGCUUCUCUUCUCCAAACCCACAGCCGCUCACAUUGCCUUACCAUCACUACUCAUCCAAUGCAUUUGCUAGAAAUGCAGGGAUAAAUGGUUUGAGAGGGCCAUUCACUCCAUCACAAUGGAUGGAGUUAGAGCACCAAGCCUUGAUCUACAAAUACAUCACUGCUAAUGUUCCCAUUCCUUCUCAUCUCCUCAAUCCCAUUAGAAAAGCUUUUGAAGCUUCUGGUUUCUCUGCCCUCAGAUCCAAUCCUUUGGGAUGGAGUGGUUUCCAUUUGGGAUUCUCCAACACCGACCCGGAGCCGGGUCGGUGUCGGAGAACCGAUGGAAAAAAGUGGCGGUGCUCGCGGGACGCGAUCAUGGAUCAAAAGUACUGCGAGCGCCACAUGAACCGAGGCCGCCACCGUUCAAGAAAGCCUGUGGAAGGCCAAUCCGGCCCCUCCGCGAAGCCCACCACCACUAGAAGUGUUGUUGAGCACACCACCACACUCCCCAAAAUCAAACCCAAAGACUCCAAAAACCAAGAGUUUGGGCUCGUGUACUCCGACUUGCUCCUGAAUCCCUUGAGGCCGAGCGAGCUCCGCCAGUUCAUGGACCAGCCUGACCGAGACAUGCACCGGACACAGCUUUCCAUCUCCAUCCCCUCGGACUUUUCCAUGACAUCUUCUGCCCCGGGAUCAGGGGAGCUUGAGAUGGGGUUGGGAUUAGGCAAUGGGCAGAGUAGUAGUAUUAGUAGUAGUAACUGGGCUCCCAUCUCGUGGGAGCCCAGUUCGAUAGGAGGGCCUCUCGGGGAGGUCCUCCACAACACAACGAGCACUAGUGACGCGAAACAGCUAAACCUCAUUGAGAGAUGGGACAGCCCCUGGUUGGACUUGUCUCCCACCGGGGUUCUUCAAAGGGGCACCUUCACGUCCCUCUCAAACAGCAGCACUGCAAGCAGCCCUCGGACGACGCCUCUACUUGCAAACGGAUCAUCAAUCCAUCCCUGCCAGCACUCUGAAAAGCACAAAUGCUCACACAAUCAACUCUUGCUUUUAGUUUGUAGUUGGGCUUGCUGUUUCUAGUACUACUAUAUAUUGGUUGCAUUAGUUGAAACUGUGUGUGGUAGUAUUUGACAUUGUUAUCUAUCUAAAUAGGUGUGCAUCCCUGUUUGAUAGAAUUGAGUUUGAGCUCAUGAUUUUGUUUUAGGUUUGGUUAGAGGGGAGCAAAUUAGCAAUGCCUUUUUGUGGUUGUAUGUGUAUAUCGGUUCAUGGGUUGUGUAUAUAGUUUAUGUCACGAAUAUUCAUUUGUCUAACGGUUGAGUGAUUAA